AGAUUGAAGGAUGAGGAGAGAGAAAGAGAGAGAGAGUGGAGAGAGUAGAGAGAGAGGGUGUAGAAGACAACUUUCAUGUCCCUUCUCAUUUCAUGAGCUGUGACAUACACGAGUGAAUCCUUGAAGAUGGGUUCUUCUUGAGAAGAUAUCGGAAGAGAAGAAGAAGACUACUUAUCUAUUUUUAGAGAUGGAAGCAAACAUGCAGUGUAAUGGCUAUUUCCCAGGAUAUCACUCUCCGAUGAAUCUUAGUUUGGAUGCUAAUGGGAGUACAUGGCGUUCAAAUUGUCAUGAUAAGAUUUUCGAGAGCGAAAACUUCUAUAAUGGCUUCUCAUCUUCGAACUCGCUUUUAGCGUACAACAAGGACGUGUUGAAGCAGACAAUGCUCAAGCAUGAAACCAUAUUUAAGGAUCAGAUUCAGGAGCUCCACCGCCUUUACAGAAGACAAAGGGAACUGAUGGAUAAAAUUAGAAGGAAUAACUUAAAUAAACAUUAUUUAAGAUUUGAAGCAUCACAUUCCAAUACUCCAUUCUUUCAAACAUCAUCGGAAUAUGACCAAAAGACUUUUCAAGUCUCCGGAUUCCCUUUGAUAAAGCCUGCUGGCAGUCAAGUCCAGUCACCAUUGAGUUCAUUUCAAGGGAAGGAGGCUCAAGUACGCCAUUCUUACUCUACUAGAUCUGAAGCAUGUGCAGAAGAUGUUCAAUUAUUCGAAUCCAAAGGCAAGAAAAUUGGAAAAAAAUUGCUGGAUCUUCAACUUCCAGCUGAUGAGUACAUUGAUAGUGAAGACAAGGACCUCUUAGACGAUGAGAAGGUUUCUGAGGUGUCCGAGGUAUCAAGUUACUCUGUGAAGAGAUCUCCACAAGUUGUUUAUACCAGUGAUGUAAAGUCAUUUUUUGGCAGUUAUGCAUCGAACUCUGUUUUCCUUGGUGCUGUCCAAAAUCCUUCGAUAUUAGAGAAACAAAAAUGGUCCCCUGACCUAAAUGAACCAGGUAAAUUCAAGGAAGAAGUAGGUUCUUUGUCUAAUGGAUUUGUGGGCCCUUCUAGUCACAGUAAGCUUCUAUGCUCUGAACCGUUGGAAAAGGCAAAAUUAGGCUUUCAAUAUUCAUUUGACGAAUCUAUUCGGAAUGCCUCAAGAAGGCCAGAUAUUGAAGUUUCGACAAAUUUUUUACUUUCAGAAACAGGGGGAAAAGAGGAGCAGCUAUCCUAUCAUGAUAAGGCUGGGAAGCUUGGAAGCAACUUGAACUCUUUUCUUCACGCUUUCAAUGCGGAAAAAUCAUCCUUGUUUCCUAAAUCGUCAAACAAAGACCUUGAGAAAGUCUAUGAACCUUCGACCUUUCAUCAGGGAAAUCAAAGUUCGUUAAUUGAAAUAACAAUUCUUGAUUUAGAGAACUCCAGAAGAAAUUCUGCUCCCUCAAAUGACAACCAUCAUGGACCACAUGCUUCUUUUUAUGAGAGCAAUUUCAACAAUCAAGGUUCUUGGACCAAUAUGAAAAAUACUGGGCGUUUAGCAGUUCAGAAACUCCCUUGUGAAUCUGGACGGAAGCCAAUAGCGGUUCAAGCUCUCCCUUGUUUUGGCACCUCUGUGCAUUUAGGUAAACGAUGUGAAUCAUCAAUUGGAAAAUCAGAGCUUGAUGGAGGCAGCAAGUUAAUGCCCGAUAACCAUAGCCUCAAUAUCCGAUCUUCAAAUGAUGUCUACCUAAAUUCCAAGCCACCUAGUUGUUCUUCUGAGUUUGCAGUUUCCCAAAAUGCGCAGACAACAGAUGGAACAGAAAAUCAUGGAUAUUCCGUGGGCGGGCUUAAUUGGCUUAGAGAAAAGUCUGUUCAUAAUGCGAAAGAGAAUAAUGGACAUGGAAGUUUAACCAGGGUGGAACCUGUUUCUAUAGAAGCUUAUUCUGCAGGUAUCUGUGAUGUUGAGCCAAAAAAGGUCGAGACCAGCGAUUGCUUGACUAAAAGGCUUCCUGGAUUUCAUGACCAUAACAAGUCUUACAUUUUUGGUCACCACUGCUCUCCUAGCAGCAGUCUCCACAAAACCUGGCAGAAUCCACUUCAAGAUGUGAAGAGCAGUGGAAAGGAUUCUGUUAUUGAUUUGAACUUGGCUUGCGAUUCAGCAUCCGAGACUGAAAUAGAACUAACUGCAGAUGAACAUGUAGGAGAGAAUGGAGUCAACAGGAAGCAUUCUAGUUUUGGAUGUCUCAUUGACCUAAACUCAUCCAUAAAUGAAGCCAGGUUUACUCAAAAGUCCUCACUUUUGGCAGAAAUUGAUUUGGAUGCACCUGCAAGUCCAGAAAACAAGGAAAGUUCUCCACCCAGAGGAGAAUCUGAUGAAAAUCAAGCCGAGACACCAGUGCUACUGCUGGGACAGGAAGGUGCUGAUCAGCAGGAUGAGCUCGCCAAGAUUGCCGCUGAGGCUCUGAUCUCCAUUUCAUCAUUCAAGUCGUCAACUUCUCUACAAAAACCUAGUUUCGAACGUCUUGAAGUUUCUUUGCUUGACUCCCUACAUUGGUUUGCUGGCGUAGUUUCUUCGGUGGCAAGUAAUCCAGAGAGUGAGUUUGGAUUGGUCUUGACCGACAAGAACAACAACAACUUUGAGGAGCUUUUUCCCGAUGAAAUGGACUACUUUGAGGCCAUGACAUUGAAGCUGACCGAGGCAAAACUAGAGGAAUGCUGUUACAAGACUAAUGUCUCGAAAGAGGAGGAAACAGGUACCUCCUCAUCGCCAAGUCAGCAAAGGAAGGGUAGGACAAGGCGUGGUGGAAGGCAGCGGAAGGACUUCCAAAGGGAGAUCCUUCCCUGCCUGGCAUCUUUGUCAAGGUACGAGGUGACCGAGGAUCUACAGACAAUAGGGGGGCUAAUGGAAGCUGCAGGUACACAUUGGGAAUCAGGGUCGACGAGAAAUGCUGCCAGAAAUGGGUAUACAAGGGCUCGGAAACGGUCCUCCGUGGCUGCUUCCAGUGGGGUUGGUUGCUCAGUGGAGUCUCUUAAGCAGCUUAGCAGUUCUUACAGUAAAGUGGGCAAAGAGGAGAGAAGCGUAAUAUGUUGGGGACAGGUCACAAGGAGGCGCCGGGGACAAAGAUGCCCAGUUAGAGUUGGUAAUCAGCAGCUUAUACUGAGCCAAGUAUAGAGAAAAACUAUUACAUAAAGUAGACUUCUUUUUUUCUCCUUCUUUUUUUUUAUCAUUUGGGUUCUUAUGAGUCAUUGGAUUAUAUUGUAAAUGCCUUAAAGACAUAAACAUACGUAUAUUUAGGUGGUGGAAUAGGAAAACGAAGCCAUGACAUACUUGAGCUGUUUUAGGUGAUCAUCUCUUGCAGAAGGAAUAGUGGUGUUUUUGUAUUUUAUUUUAUUUCAAGUGCCAAGUGGUCGCACUAAAGCUCAUAGACGUUAUAGGGUGGAAUAACCUUGCUAUGCUACUAAUACUUGGUACUUUCUCCAGUA